AUGAGCACGGGAGAACAGCUGGAUGUGCUUGACGGCUUUCGGAAGGGUGUAUUCAACGUCCUGGUGGCGACCGAUGUCAUCGAGGAGGGUCUGGACGUGCGCGCGUGCAAUGUGGUCAUUAAAGUUGAUCCAGGACGGGCUCGUGCUGUCCAUUCCCACUACGUUCUAAUGACGGACGAUAAAAUGAAGUGUGCACGGACGGUGGAAUCGUUUGUACGCCUCGAAAAGGAGUUGAAUUUGGCCGUGAGGGAUCGUUGUGUGGACCGCGUGGAUGAGGAGGAGGAGGUCGGUUCAGAAACUGUCGCUAAAAUCGCCCGGUACUCUUACAUGCCACUCGGUGCUGACGGGCCUCGUAUCACACCCAGCAGUGCACCUUCUGUUCUUAUGAGGUAA